GUGGCAUUGCUCAGAUCCCUGAAACUCUCCCUGCCCUCCCCUCCCAGCUCAUAGGGCUGGCAGAAGGGGUCACUGCAUUUAAAGAGAGCAGGAGCCCCUCCUGCUCAAACCCUUCGAGACGCAAGAAGAGAAGGAGAAAAUUCAAGCGACUCCGGUUAACCCUACAGACCAGGAUGCCGAACUGGGGCGGAGGAGCCAAGUGUGGGGCCUGUGAAAAGACCGUGUACCAUGCUGAGGAAAUCCAGUGCAAUGGAAGGAGCUUCCACAAGUCAUGCUUCCUCUGCAUGGCUUGCAGGAAGGCUCUGGACAGCACCACGGUGGCAGCUCACGAAUCUGAAAUCUACUGCAAAACCUGUUAUGGCAGAAAAUACGGCCCCAAAGGGGUUGGCUUUGGACAAGGGGCUGGAUGCCUCAGCACGGACACCGGAGAGCACCUGGGCCUGAACCUGCAGCAGGGGUCACCAAAGCCUGCUCGCCCCUCAACACCAACUAAUGCUUCAAAGUUUGCCAAGAAGAUGGUAGAUGUGGAUAAAUGUCCCCGUUGUGGCAAAUCAGUGUACGCUGCAGAAAAGAUCAUGGGAGGAGGAAAACCUUGGCACAAGAGCUGCUUCCGCUGCGCCAUUUGUGGGAAGAGUUUGGAAUCCACCAACGUCACGGACAAGGAUGGAGAGCUCUACUGCAAAGUUUGCUAUGCAAAAAACUUCGGUCCCAAGGGAAUUGGGUUUGGUGGCCUCACCCAAGUGGAAAAGAAAGAGUGUGAAUGAGAAGAAAUGGAUGCAACAGACUCAAACUGCUGUUGAUGACACCAAGUGACAGUUGUCAAGUAAAACAUUAAACAACACAUAUCGCUAAGUACCUAGGGCAUUUGAUUAAGAUUUUCCUCCUUGCAGGAAAAAAUAAUGAGCUGUAUCUUAAGAAAUUCUUAGAGUAGAUUAAAAAAGGUACAAUGAUAACACUAGACUCAUGUUUGCGCUUAGUAUAUAAAAGAACCUCAUGGAACAUUAUUGCUUCUUAAACUAGUACUUGUUACACUUUAGACUGGAAUUUUAGACUCCUAAUGCCCCCUUAUGACAGGGAUCCCUUGUGGAGGAAGGGCCCAGGUGUUCCCAGUUAGAUUGUAUUUUCUGCUUUUCACAAUGUUAACCUGUUUGUAUUUCCACCAGUCUCCUAGCUGAGUUUUGACUAGGCUGGCAACUGUGUUAGAACAAGUAGCUGUAAUUUGCUUUGAGACAACUAAAAAGGAUUUUUUUUAAACACACCUUUCUCUGAGGGAGGUGUUUCAAAAAAAACCCAACAUUUUCUCAGGAUAUAGUGGUGUAAGUUUUGUCUGUUUUUGAGCUACAAUAAAUACUUACUGCUUCACAUUA